UUUGAUAUUGACUAUUGAAAAUUAAAAAUGAAAGCAAAGCAAUGAUGCCAUAAUUUUUCUAACAAAAGAAAGCCAGCGAAAAUCAAAAAAAAAAAAAAAAAAAAAAAAAACCCACCCAACUCAACCCAACCCAACUGUUCCAGAAUACAGACUUUUUUUUUUUUGGCUUUUCCCACCUCUUCACCAAAAUUCUUUUUCUCUCUCUUCAACCUUCAUUCUCCAUCUUCUUCUUCCUUUUUUCUUCAGUAGCAGAUUCAUUUCUAGAGAGAGAAUUUUAGACAGAUAAAGUCGGCGAUCUCUGUGGAGUAGAGAGAGAAAGCUCGAUAGUGAUUAUUAAUGGCGACUUUAACAUGGCGGAAAGCUUACGGUGCCAUUAAAGACCACACCAAAGUCGGUCUUGCUACAAUUAACAGUGAUUAUAAGGAUUUGGAUGUUGCGGUUGUUAAGGCAACGAAUCAUGUCGAAUGUCCGCCAAAAGAGAGGCAUCUUAGAAAGAUUUUGCUUGCUACAUCUGCAAUUAGGCCUAGGGCUGAUGUUGCGUAUUGCCUUCAUGCUCUUGCUCGCCGAUUAGGCAAGACUCGUAAUUGGACGGUUGCAUUGAAAACUUUGAUAGUUGUCCAUAGGCUGUUGAGAGAGGGUGAUCCAACUUUUAGGGAAGAACUUCUUGGUUUCUCACAACGUGGGCGUGUACUGCAACUCUCCAAUUUCAAGGAUGACUCGAGUCCAAUCGCUUGGGAUUGCUCUGGUUGGGUUCGUACUUAUGCACUUUUCUUAGAGGAACGGCUUGAGUGUUUCAGAGUUCUAAAAUAUGAUAUUGAAGCUGAGCGUCUACCAAAACCUGCUGAUGGGCAGGAGAAGGGUUACAGUAGAACCAGGGAUCUGGAUUCAGAGGAACUUUUGGAGCAGUUGCCAGCCUUACAGCAGUUACUCUAUCGUCUUAUUGGAUGCCGGCCAGAAGGUGCUGCUCUUGGAAAUUAUGUGAUACAGUAUGCACUUGCUUUGGUUCUUAAGGAAAGUUUCAAAAUAUAUUGUGCCAUUAAUGAUGGUAUUAUUAAUUUGGUUGAUAAGUUUUUUGAAAUGCCAAGACAUGAAGCUGUGAAAGCCCUUGAAAUCUAUAGAAGAGCUGGCCAGCAGGCUACAAGUCUCUCCGAGUUUUAUGAGGUUUGUAAAGGAUUGGAACUUGCUCGAAACUUCCAGUUUCCUGUUUUGAGAGAGCCACCACAAUCGUUUCUUGCAACCAUGGAUGAGUAUAUCAGAGAGGCACCUAAGAUGGUAGAUUUGCCAGCACAGCAGCUGGAAUUCCCGGAAAGGCUUUUACUGACAUACAAACCUGAGGAAAACUCUCUUUCUGAAGAUGAUAAAUCAACUGUUGAAGAUCCUCAACCAGUGGCUUCAGAUGAUUUGACAUCUAGUGCUGAAGCUGCUCCUGCUACUACUGAAGCUCCUCCACCUGCUAUGAAUAUGGACUCUGGCGAUCUACUGGGGUUGAAUGAUGUUACACCUGAUGCAACAGCCAUUGAGGAAAGUAAUGCGUUGGCGUUGGCCAUAGUGUCAUCAGAUGCUGCUUCAACCUCCAAUUCUGGCACUGCUUCAACCAAUUUCGAUCCAUCUGGCUGGGAACUUGCUUUGGUCACAACUCCAAGCACUGACAUUUCUACUCAUACUGAGAGGCAACUGGCUGGUGGAUUGGAUUCACUCACACUGAAUAGUUUGUACGAUGAAGGAGCUUAUAGAGCCAGCCAGCAGCCUGUUUAUGGUGUACCAUCAGCCCCCAAUCCAUUUGAAGUACAUGAUCCCUUUGCAAUGUCCAACAACAUUGCUCCUCCUGCUGCAGUUCAGAUGAAUUCUAUGACUCAGCAACCGCCACACAAUCCUUUUGGUCCUUAUCAGGCUCCGUAUCAUGCACAGUCGCAGACACCUAUGGGGCUUGGGGCACCAAAUCCUUUUGGUGAUGUAGGUUUUGGACCAUAUGCUGUUGCUCCUGUUAAUCAUCAACAAAAUGCUGCUAAUCCAUUCGGGAAUACAGGACUGCUGUAACCCUGAUUAGAUGCAAUUGGCUUUUGGCACAUAUGAUUUUGGUAAAGUGAGGCUAUCAAAGUGAUGUUAAUAUGUCAUAGAUUUUAGGUAUGAGAUGUCCAUACGAUGAAGGCAUUUCUACACUGGAUCUUCUUAUAGUGUAAACCUAUGAAAAAAGAGAUUCAUUAAUCCUACUGAUCAAGAGUAAUAAUUUUUAUUCUUUCCUAUCAAGAUCCAAAAUAUGAGGAUUGUAUAUUUUUAUUAUAUGGGUUCGUGUGUAAAAAUAUGGUAAAUGUAGGGACUCGCCAUGAAGUGCUUUGUGAGGUGUAAUAUGUAUCACUGAUACUGCUGUACUUGAAAUGUGUUACCGCAUUCGUCUUUGUUCUGAAAUAUGCCUCCUUUUCUGUU